GGAGGCCGAUUCAGGCCGUCAGCAGGCUGAGCUGGAGGAUCUGCAGCAGAAAGUGACUAGUCUGCAGACAGAGAAGAAUAGUCUGCUGUUGGACAAAACCAACCUCGCUGCCGACAUCAGGAAUCUGGAGGCGUCUCGACGUGCUAACAGGAAGGCCCAGAGGCGUAUAGGCCUGUUGAAGCGACAAGUUGAUGACUCUAUAGAGAAGGAGAUGAGAGCCCAUCACUACCUGUCCUCUAUCGUAGCUCUGGCUGAGAAGACCACACAGGAGAGAGACGAGCUAGUAUACAUGGCCUCGUCCCUAGAGCAGGACAAGCAGGGUGUGAUCAGCAGGAUUGUGGACGACAUGGUGCGGCUCGGAAAGCUUCAGGAGAAGGUCAAGGUGAGGCAGCGGCAACACCCACCCAGACACACUGACUCUGAUCCCCCCGACAACCAUCACCGAGCCCCCGACAACCAUCCCCGAGCCCCCGACAACCAUCCCCGAGCCCCCGACAACCAUCCCCGAUCCCCCGACAACCAUCCCCGAUCCCCCGACAACCAUCCCCGAUCCCCCGACAACCAUCCCCGAGCGCCCGACAACCAUCCCCGAUCCCCCCGACAACCAUCCCUCCACCUUCACACACUCUAA